GGGCCCAGCCGCUGCCAAGGUUGGGUGCGCCGCUGAACGGAUGGCCGAAGGAGCCGAGCGGAUCCUCCAGGAGCGCCGGCUAGCCAUUUGCCUAUCAUCUGUUGCCACCCAUUGAUGCCAAGAUGACCAAGCUAGGAUUCUUGCGGUUGUCCUAUGAGAAGCAGGACACACUUCUGAAGCUUCUCAUUCUGUCGAUGGCUGCUGUGUUAUCUUUCUCUACUCGUCUGUUUGCUGUUCUCAGAUUUGAAAGUGUCAUCCAUGAGUUCGAUCCCUACUUCAAUUACCGAACCACCCGGUUCCUGGCUGAAGAGGGCUUUUAUAAAUUCCACAACUGGUUUGAUGACCGGGCCUGGUACCCUUUGGGGCGAAUCAUUGGAGGAACCAUUUACCCAGGCUUGAUGAUCACCUCCGCUGCGAUCUACCAUGUGCUCCAUUUUUUCCACAUCACCAUCGACAUUCGGAAUGUCUGUGUGUUCCUGGCCCCUCUCUUCUCUUCCUUCACCACCAUCGUCACCUACCACCUUACCAAAGAGCUCAAGGAUGCAGGGGCUGGGCUUCUCGCUGCCGCCAUGAUCGCCAUCGUGCCCGGCUAUAUCUCUCGGUCUGUGGCUGGCUCCUAUGAUAAUGAAGGGAUCGCCAUCUUCUGCAUGCUGCUCACCUACUACAUGUGGAUCAAAGCCGUGAAGACUGGGUCCAUCUACUGGGCAGCCAAGUGUGCCCUGGCUUAUUUUUACAUGGUCUCCUCCUGGGGAGGUUACGUCUUCCUCAUCAACCUGAUCCCCCUGCACGUGCUGGUGUUGAUGCUCACGGGGCGCUUCUCCCACCGCAUCUACGUGGCCUACUGCACCGUGUACUGCCUGGGUACCAUCCUCUCCAUGCAGAUCUCCUUCGUGGGCUUCCAGCCUGUCCUUUCGUCGGAGCACAUGGCAGCCUUUGGGGUCUUUGGCCUCUGCCAGAUCCACGCCUUCGUAGAUUAUCUGCGCAGCAAGCUGAACCCGCAGCAGUUUGAAGUUCUCUUCCGCAGUGUCAUCUCCCUGGUGGGCUUCGUCCUCCUCACCGUGGGAGCCCUGCUCAUGCUGACAGGAAAAAUAUCUCCCUGGACCGGGCGCUUCUACUCACUGCUGGAUCCUUCUUACGCCAAGAACAACAUCCCCAUCAUUGCGUCAGUGUCCGAGCAUCAGCCUACAACCUGGUCCUCCUACUAUUUUGACCUCCAGCUUCUGGUCUUCAUGUUUCCAGUUGGUCUCUAUUACUGCUUUAGCAACCUGUCCGACGCCCGGAUCUUCAUCAUCAUGUAUGGGGUGACGAGCAUGUACUUCUCAGCAGUCAUGGUGCGACUGAUGCUGGUGUUGGCGCCUGUUAUGUGCAUCCUUUCCGGUAUCGGCGUCUCCCAGGUGCUCUCCACCUACAUGAAGAAUCUAGACAUAAGUCGGCCAGAUAAGAAGAGCAAGAAACAACAGGAUUCCACCUACCCAAUUAAGAAUGAGGUGGCCAGCGGGAUGGUGCUGGUCAUGGCCUUCUUCCUCAUCACCUACACCUUUCACUCCACCUGGGUGACCAGCGAGGCCUACUCUUCGCCCUCCAUUGUGCUGUCUGCCCGUGGUGGGGACGGCAGCCGCAUCAUCUUCGAUGACUUCCGAGAAGCCUACUACUGGCUGCGCCACAAUACCCCGGAGGAUGCGAAAGUCAUGUCGUGGUGGGAUUAUGGCUACCAGAUUACAGCUAUGGCAAAUCGGACGAUUUUAGUGGACAAUAACACGUGGAAUAAUACUCAUAUUUCUCGAGUGGGGCAGGCAAUGGCAUCCACAGAAGAGAAAGCCUAUGAGAUCAUGAGGGAGCUGGACGUCAGCUACGUCCUGGUCAUCUUUGGAGGCCUCACUGGGUAUUCUUCUGAUGAUAUCAACAAGUUCCUGUGGAUGGUCCGGAUCGGAGGGAGCACAGACACGGGCAAGCACAUUAAGGAGCACGACUAUUACACCCCGACUGGGGAGUUCCGCGUGGACCGGGAGGGCUCGCCUGUGCUGCUCAACUGCCUCAUGUACAAGAUGUGCUACUACCGCUUCGGGCAGGUCUACACGGAAGCCAAGCGUCCCCCAGGCUUCGACCGGGUCCGGAAUGCUGAGAUUGGGAAUAAAGACUUCGAGCUCGAUGUCCUGGAGGAGGCAUAUACCACAGAGCAUUGGCUAGUGAGGAUAUACAAGGUGAAGGACCUGGAUAACCGAGGCUUGUCGAGGACAUAGAUGUCACCUCCAGCUCUGAUACGCUUCGCACUGAGCGCGUCACAUUUAGGACGCCGAAGAUGUUCCUUAAAUAUGCAGUUUCCAAGAACACGGUGGGGUUAGAAUGUCUGAGAGUUUUGCUCUGGACAUUGUGGGCUGGGCCAAAUGGAAUGAUUUUUAUAAUUCUGAGCAGGUUACCAAAUGAAAUGUCAUGGCUUUACUUUGGUCAAUUAAAGGGGGGAUUUUUUUUUUUAUGUGCCUUAUUUGUUUUGACUUUUGAGUGAUUUGAGGAAGGCUGAGAGAGGACAGAAAGUAGAUCUGGGCCAGAGUAAUAGUACAGCAGGGAGGGCGUUUGCCUUGCACAUGGCUAACCCAGGUUCAAUCCCUGGCAUCCUAUAUGGUCCCCUGAGCACCGCCAGGAGUAAUCCUGAGUGUAGAGCCAGGAGUAGCCCGCUGGAUGUGACCCAAAAAGCAAGCAAGCAAGAAAGUAGACCUUAUCUGUGCUCCCAGCUCUGCCUUUCUCAGAUUUGGAACAUAAUCAAGGAGUGGCUGAGAUUCCACAGAUACUAACAGUUUUUUCAUUUCAAGAACCAGCACCUGGUACAAUGCCUAGCACAUUAGUGGGUGAUCAAUAAACUCCUGUUGGAUGAAUCAGUGUUUGUGGGACCAGGGGGCCUUUCCUGGACAGGGCUGGCAGCUGUGUUGCCUUCCUGUCUCUGUUCUCAGAUCUCUUGUCCUCUGAGGCUCUCUGACUCGACCAGGACUUGAGGUCGACCCAGACCUGCUCUCACUAAUGUUCCUUAGGACUAGUUUGACAUUUUUGUUUGUAUAUUUGGAGCAGGAAUAAAUGAAGACUGAGCUAGUAGUUUUGAAGAUUCAAGGCAAACAGUUAUUGUUUUCUAUAAGAGAAAAAAACUAAUGUGUUUGUGUGUGUGGAGAGAGGAAGAGAAAGUGAGAGUUCAUUUUUUUGCCCAUUGUAAUCUUGUAUGUCUGUUUGAAAUUCAACUUUGUUAUUCUGGUUUUACCCCUGACACAGUGAACGUCCCUUUGCACAUUUUCUUACACUGUGCUCUAAAACUCUUGUGGAUAAAGGUGAGUUAUUUCCUCCCUUAGUCUCUGCCUUCUUGUUAGUAUAUGCCACUAACAAGAUCCAGUGAUGGAAUUCAUGGCCCAGGCACUGCAGGGGUAGUCUCGGCAACCUGAACACGGCAGGGGCUGGUCUGGGGAGCCCCCAACACUGCAGGAUCUGGGCACAUAAGCACCCACCAGGGCUGAUUAUCGCCACUAGGGUACCCCAGCCUCCUGAGCACCACUUGGAAGACUCACUCAAAAGAGAAAUGGUAUCUAAAUCCAAAUAUACUCAAAAGAGGCUUGCAGGAAAUAAAGGAGACUUUGGGGGAAAACUAGUGACAGGUACAAAAACCAAAUUCCCUUCAGGGGCUGGUAAGUUGUACAGUUUAGGGCACACACAGCCAACCUGGGGUUCAAUUCCCAGCACCCCAUAUGUUUUCUGGAGCCCCACCAGGAUUGCAUCAAGGGGCUAAGGUAAAGAUAAAGGACCUCAAAGAUAAAGGACUAGGGUCUGGACAAUAGAACAGCAGGUAGGACGUCUGCCUUCCAUGUGGCCAACUUGGGUUCGAUCCAUGGCAUCCCAUAUAGUCAGUCCCCCGAGCACCACCAGGAGUAAUUCCUGAGUGCAGAGCCAGGAGUAACCCCUGAACAUCACCAGGUGUGACCCAAAAAACCCAAAAAAGAUAAAGGACCAGAGUGAUAGGACAGAAACAAGGGCAUUUGCUUUGUACGCAGCUGACCCAGGUUUGGUGUUCCUUGACAUACCAUGGGGUCCCUCGAGCAAUGCCAGGAAUAAUUCUUGAGUGCAGAGCCAGGAGUAACCCCUGAGCAUCGCAAAAAAUAUAUAUAUAUAUAUAUAUAUAAUAUGUAUAUAUAUUAUAUAUAUUAUAUGUAUGUAUAUAUAUUCAGUCGCAGCCCUUGCAAAUGUGAGAAUCAACUGAGUUGAAAGUGGUCUUCCCUGAGGAUUCGAAAAUGUUGCUUUUUAGAGUUUGUUGGUGGGGGAACUGGGGGUUAGGAAUUAAGUGCACUAUAACAAUGAACAUGAAAGUAAUUCUUAUUGUUCAGUGGUUCGGGGAACCACUCUGUGCUGGAAUGGAGGAAUGGAAAACCAGCGCCCACUUGCAGCACCUAUUUCCGAGGCCUUUGAGUUACCCACCUGCUUUCAAGGACAAGACUUUUAAUUUUUUUUUGGGGGGGGUGGGAGCGCAGUUUGGGUUUCACCCAGUGGCUGUCAGGAAUGACUCCUAGCUGAGUGUUCAGGGGAUCAUGAGCUGCGGAUCAAACCCAGGUUUCCCACAUUCAGAGUAUGUGCUCCAGCUCACUGAACUGCUUCCAGCCCCAAAAGCAAGUUCUUGAAAAGUGCUGUCGUGGGGGAGGUGGGUGGAAUAAUAGUACAGCAUAGGCGCUUGCCUUGCACCUGGGUUUGGUCCUGAUACCCCAUAUGGUCCUGGGCGCACCGCAAGUCAGGAAUGAAUGACUCCUGAGUCCAGAGCCAGGAAUAAGCCCUGAGCAUCACCAGGUGUGGCCCAAAGUGCUAUCAUGUAGCCUAGGAAGUAACAAAAUUAAAAUUAUAAGAACAGCUAUGUAACAAUUCUAUGAAUUAGGGUGUCUAAAAAUCUUUUAAAAUAAUAUACAACUAAAUAGAAGAACAGCUUGAGAGAGGAUCAGGAGCUCUGACACUAGAGGGCAGUGGAAGAUCAUGGAUGAUCUCUCAUGGGUACCCCCAGACUGUUAAAGAAACACCUGCAAACCUCUGUGUGUGUAUUAAGUUGAACUCAGCCUCACUCGAUGAACUUGGUAUAUAAAUUAGUCUGGAAAGCUGGUUCCUGGGUCUGCAGGUGCUCCUGAGGAGAACCUUCGGGAGCAUUGUUUGAUUUACCUGAAAAUGGGAUUCUUCCUGUUUCUUGAACAGGUAACACGAGACAGUUACCUUAUACAUUUUGAAGUAAUUUAGGAUUUACUGAUAUACACUGUGAUUGUAUCUUACAAUGAUACACCUUGGUUGUAAAUGUCUUACUGUAAUGAACACACAGCUGUUUGAAUGUUUUGGCAUUAAAUAUCCAUGGGGUUACUG